AUGGAAGAGCACUACCCUCCCUCUCUUCUCAUUUAUCAUUCCCUUUCUCUCUCCCUCUCUUUCUCUCCCUCUCUCCCCCCUCUCUCUCCCCCUCUCUCCCUUUCUUCUGUCAUCUGUCAUUCUGCAUCGUGUUCAUGUCAGUGGCAGGAUGGGACGGGGGACGGGGUAGGGGGGGGGGGAGACAAAGCACACACAGUACACAGAAAUAGAGGUGUAUUUCCUGGCCUUGCAUCAGCUCUGUGUGUUGUGUUCUUGGCCUGGAGUGUCAGGCUGCUGUCAGAUCAGUUAGAGCCUCAGGCUGUGCCUGUCUUUCUGUAUGUCUGCUCUCAGGGCUGUACUGGAGAUACACGCUGACAUGCCUUACAUCGAGUUGACAUCACAUGACCACUGGAGACUAACAGUAUGCCAUGAACUUACAGUAGGGGGACUUCCUGCUUACUUACAUCAAAAACAACAGAACCCAAAUCUGCCAAGAGUCUGACAGUAUUGGUUCUUCCCAGUUUGGACAGGCAGAUUUGGAAUUGUGUUCUUGACUUAGGCACUGAGUACAGGGUCUAACUUCCUUAAACGAUUCUUGAUCUAACCUCUCUCUCUCUCCUCUCCCGGCACUGCCCUGUGGGAAGGUCUAAUGUAUCUCUGCUCUCUCUCCUUCAGAGUGUACCCGCACUGCCCUGUGGGAAGGCUCUCUACUCCUACGAGGGGAAGGAACCCGGAGACCUGCAGUUCGGUAAAGGUGACAUCAUCAUCCUGCGACGUAAAGUCGACGACAACUGGUACCACGGGGAGCUUAACGGUUGUCACGGUUUCCUGCCGGCUAGUUACAUCGUGUUGUUACGGCCGCUGAGCCAAACUCCACCCACAGGAAAGGCCCUGUAUGACUUUGAGGUCAAAGACAAAGACCAGGACAAAGACUGUCUGGCCUUCUCAAAGGUACACACACACACACGCUGAGUCCCUGUAAUCCACUGUGUGUGCAUCUAUAAUACCCCACUGGAUGUUUUGUGUUUAUCUACUCACUCUACCUUCUCCUCUGUCUAUCUUUCUACCUUUCUAUCUGAAUAUAGUUAUUCUCCUCCUGUGUGGGAGAGAGAGAGAGGAAGAGAGAGGAAGAGAGAGAGCAGAAACACUCUCUCUUUCUCUCUCUCCCUCCCCCCUUUUCCCCAGCACAGUGUUUGUGAUAAACAGUGAUUUGUAUUCCCUCCGCUCCUCUCCUCUUUAAAGCUCAUAAUUUGUUCAUGCUGUUACACACAGUCAUCUAGCUAAGGACACUGGAGGAUGCAGCAUCUCUUGUUCUCUCUGUCAUUCUGUGUGUGUGUGUGUGUGUGUGUGUGUUCAUCAGCAGCACCUGGCCUGGGUUCACACACACUCUCAGGAUGGAGCUGGGGAAAGUGGGCCAUGUCAAAGGACAGAGAGACAGACACACAGUUCUUUUCACACACACAGAAUCACAGCUGCAGUUCCCUAGCUAAAUGUCUGAAUGGAAGGAUGAGAGAGAGAGAGAGAGAAUUCCUGUUGUCCUUAAAAAACACUUCCUGUCUGUGUGUUUAAUAGGAUGAGGUUCUGACAGUGAUCAGACGAGUGGACGACAACUGGGCAGAGGGCAUGCUGGGAGAUAAGAUCGGGAUCUUCCCCAUCCUCUACGUAGAGGUAACAACACACUCACUCUCUCACACACACACACAUUAGAUAGAGAUACAUCAAUAAUUAAGAGUCUUCCAUCACUUUGACAUGGCAUGGAGUGUGUGUGUGGUUACCUCUGCACGAGGUGGUGGGGGUGGGGGGUGGGGCAUAAUUAGGGUGUCCCAGCUGGAGUGGAGCAUUGAGGGAGGGAGGAGGGAGCUCUCUCUUCUCCUCUCCUCUGCUAUCCUCCUGUCUCCUCUUCUCUGGUGGUGUGGCGCUGCGCCAUUAACCCUUCACACCCCUUUAAUCACACUGCAGUUUGAGUUAGGAGUGGGUGUGGGUGGGGGAGACGCACUUGCCACAGUGUGUGUCUCGCUUGCCCUUUUCGCAGUGCAGAUAUCAGCUCAUCAGCUGUAGUGUCAGACUCACCUAGAGGACAUGGAGUAAUUAAUGCACCACACACACACAUACACACAGUGAGCACAGCGCUGUUCAAAUGAAAGAUGACCACAGAAAGCAAAAAAGCACAGGGUGAAGGAUGGGUUUGCCUCAGGGAAGAGCGCACGCAGACACACACACACACACACACACAUUGUGUCUGCCAAGGAAAAGGUGAAGACCCUUGUGAAUAGCGUAAAGAGACAGUCAUAAGGGACAUAUUCAGGUUUAUUGUGUAUACUGUGGGAAAGUAUGAGAUGGCGAGAGGCAAAACAUAAUAUUUGGAUGAAGUUAUUCACUGUCUGUCUGUGUCUGUGUGUAGCUGACCUUCAGGAAGAGAAAGUGUGUGUCUCUAUUGGUCCCCUGAGUGUGAUGCCGUCAGUGCAGGAUCAAUCUAUCAUGCUCAUUACCAUAUGUUCUGGCUCUGAUUAGCAUAUUUAUUAAUAUGGAAAACUAACGUGUCACACACUGAGACAGAUUCACUCCUACAGUCUAUACACACACAUGCACACCCACGCACACGCGCGCACACACACACACACAGAGAGGGAAACCUCUCCGACAAAAGAGUGUGUUUUUAGCGUAGGUGAUAUUGAUGCGGAUGAAUGUAGCAGUGGCCUCCUCUGAGUUCAACAUGGUGAUAAUGGCAUGAUGUCACAUUGACCUUUGUGGUGUGUGUAUAUGUGUGUGUGUUUGGUUUUACUAUCGUUGUGGGGACCAGAAGUCCUCACAAGGAUAGUAAAACAAGGAACAUUUGGACAAGUGGGGACAUUUCACCGGUCCCCACAAGGAAAAAGGCUAUUUUAGGGUUAGGUUCAGGGUUACAAUUAGGGUUAGGGUUACAAUUAAGGUUAGGAGUUAGGGUUAGGUUUAGGGUCAGGGCUUUGGGGUUUAGGUUAGGGUUAGGUGUUAGGGAAAAUUGGAUUGAAUGGGAUUCAAUUGUUUGGUCCCCACAAGGAUAGUAAAACAAACAUGUGUGUGUGUGUGUGUGUGUGUGUGUGUACUGAGAGGACCUGCUCUCUCUGUGUUGUGACUGUGAGACUGAGCAUCCGUCUGUGAGGUAGAGUGAGUAGUAUUGUUGCUGGGCAGAUUCAGUGUGUAGGUUAUCUGACUAGCAGGAACAGACUACAAGAUCUACUAUCAUCCUCUCAGAUAUCAGCUGCACUACAAACGUUGUUCUCUCCUCCUCCUCUUUCACUGAGUACAAAAAAUACUCCUCAGGGUGCGGUGUGUGGUUGUAUGUAUGUAUGUGUGUGGUUGUGUGUCUUUGCACGUGCGUGUGUGUGUGUGAUCCUUUGCGGCUGGUUUGAAGUUCUGCCAGCAAGAGCAUUCGGGCUCUGAGAGCCAGGAGUGUGUAGGGAAGUUUACUAAUAAGAAUUUGGAUCUCAUCCUCUCCUCCUCUCUCCUCACUUCUCCUCUCCUCCUCACUCUAGCUAAAUGAAACAGCCAAACAGUUGAUGGAGAUUGACAAGCCGACACCCAAUCCCGUCCCUGGACCCAGCUCUGACCCACCCCCCAGCCCCCCGUUGGGUCCCUGCUCCCCUGGCCCCUCCCCUAACCCAUCCUCUACAGAAAGCAGCAAUGGUGCCCUCCAGAGGCGAGGGGAGGAGAGGAGAGAGGGAGAGGAGAGGAGAGGAGGAGAGGGGAAGAAGAAUGCUAAGAAGCGCCACUCGUUCACAGCUCUGAGUGUGACCCAGCGGACAGCCCAGCUCAACAACAGACACAGUAUGGAGAUCUCCCACCCUGUCCUCAUCAGCUCCUCUGACCCCAGGGCUGCUGCACGCAUACAGGACUCUCCCCCCGGUCCCUCUCCCUCCUCAGUAGGUGUUCUGGUUCCUCCCAGAGUGGCUUCAGUCACCUCAGAACUGCUGGCUCAAGCCAAGGUCCAACUACCACUCAACAUGUAAGUACACACUCAAGAAACUAACACAAGUUUACUCAUAAUACAGGCACGGUUCACUAACUGGUAAAUCUAUAGGUAAAUGAGUUGCCUGACAAUGUUUGCUCUUUCCUCUGAGCUGCUGGUACGGAAGCUGAGAUGAAUACAGAGAUGCUGUCGCAUCUAAUUACAUAUUUCCCUGGGUGCAGGCAACAUAUACACACACACACACACACACACACACACACACACACACACACACACACACACAGUAUCCAGAGCAGGUUGUCCCACUGAUGAGGUCAGACACUUCCAUCUCCGACCUGGCAACCAGCCCUGUUGCUAUGGGGAAAACGUCCUCCAGUUACCAUAGUAACCCAGAAGGCAGUGCAUGGAGACCUUGUUUACUCUUCCCUCCUAUUAUUCUCCAGACAUACAGUACCAGUCAAAAGUUUGGACACACCUACUCAUUCAAGGGUUUUUCUUUAUUUUUACUAUUUUCUACAUUGUAGAAUAAUAGUGAAUACAUCAAAACUAUGAAAUAACACAUGGAAUCAUGUAGUAACCAAAAAGGUGUUACACAAAUCAAAAUAUAUUUUAUAUUUGAGAUUCUUCAAAUAGCCACGCUUUGACUUGAUGACAGCUUUGCACACUCUUGUCAUUCUCUCAACCAGCUUCAUGAGGAACGCUUUUCCAACAGUCUUGAAGAAUUUCCCACAUAUGCUGAGCACUUGUUGGCUGCUUUUCCUUCACUCUGCGGUCCAACUCAUCCCAAACCAUCUCAAUUGGGUUGAGGUCAGGUGAUUGUGGAGGCCAGGUCAUCUGAUGCAGCACUCCAUCACUCUCCAUCUUGGUCAAAUAGCCCUUUUGGGUCUUGUCCUGUUGAAAAACAAAUGAUAGUCCCACUAAGCGCAAACCAGAUGGGAUGGCGUAUCACUGCAGAAUGCUGUGGUAGCCAUGCUGGUUAAGUGUGCCUUGAAUUCCAAAAUGUUGACUGGUACUGUAUAUUCAGACGUAUACAUUCAUAUAUCAAACAUAUAUUCAGCCAUACAGUACCCUCCAACAGUAUUUGGACAGUGAAGUCAAAAAUGGUCUUUGAGUUCUUUACUCCAGCCAUUUGGAUUUGAGGUCAUGAGACAAUUGUACAGAACCUCUUUUUAUGUGGGAGUAUUUUAUUACAUAUUUAUUUGACCAUUUUAAAAGACUACCACACAUUUUUUCAGUCCUGUUAUCAUGAAUGAUCUCUGUGUAUCCCAGCUACCUUGCCCUGUAUGCGUAUAAGCCCCAGAAGGCAGAUGAGUUGGAGCUGAGGAAAGGAGAGAUGUACCGCGUCACAGAGAAGUGUCAGGACGGGUGGUUUAAAGGAACCUCACUACGCACAGCUGCUUCAGGUGUCUUCCCUGGAAACUACGUCACACCUGUGUCCAGGUGAGACACGCAUGGACACACGCACACACUUUGUCGCUCUCUCUCUUUUUCUCACACAAAUACUCUCUUUCACCUUUCACACACUCUCUCUCUCACACACCCUUUCAAACACAUAAGUCUGUGUGACAGGCAGUCGAUAAGCAGCUAUGGUGAUGGUAGUAUCAUAGAGCUGAUGUCAAUGGUAUCAUGGUUACUAUUCUUACAGGACUCGCUGGAACCAUUGAGUCUCUCUUCUUUCUUACUUGCUCUCCCAACCCCUCCUCUCUCUCUCGCUCUCUCUCUCUCUCUGUGCAGAGCUCCGUUUGCGGUGGGUGGUUCUCGGAACUCCUGUCUCUCAGGACAGGUGGGAGGGGCGGGACAGGGAAGUAAGGCAGCCUCCCCCUCCGCCUCUCGUCCCUCCCCUCCCCCUUCCUCCCCCCAGUCUGCUGCUGCUCAGCUGAAGAACUGCCUUCGCUCCGGACAACAAACAGUUAACCAGGCCCGCUCUGCCAUGCAACUGGGUGAGUACACACACAUAUACACACACACACACACACACACAAAGAUUAUUCAUGUUCUAGUGCUGUACAUUUGAUCCAGUUCUCGUAUAUCUGGCCUCUCUCUCCCUCCUUGCCUCUCUCCCUCCUUCCCUCUCUCCCUCCUCCGCUCUCUCUCCGUCACGGAGAACAUGAUGGUAUUUAAAGUUUCUCCUGGGAGCCUCAUGAGUGUACAGUGUGGAAUCGGUGCCCAGAAUAACACACACACACACACACUCCUUCCUCAGUGACAUCACUGUGCUGUUGUUUAGUGGAGGCGUAAUGAUAGAGCUUAGAACUCAAUAUCUCCCCACCUCCUCUCUCUCUUUCUCUUUUUCUUUCUCACACACACAAAUCAACACAUCUGGUAUCCAUUACAAAAUAAAGUAUGGUCAUAGGUAGGCUAUGGGAGUUCAAACUCCCAUAGUGUGCCUCUCCUAUUGGCUGCCAGCUCUGAUGACAGCAGGAAUAGGAAGCAGGUGGUGUCUUGUAACAGUAAGAUGCUGUGUAAUACUAUAUAAGAGUGUGUUAUAGUGUGUAAUGUGUUUGUUCAGUCCAUAGCCCGCCUGCCAGCAGCCCAGAGCGUCCCACAGCGGCCAUCUCUCCUCUCCGACAUCAGAACUCCUCCCCCUCGCGCUCCGCAGGCCAAUCGGCUCGCCCAAUGUCCAUGGUGUCCCCCGGCCCUUCUCCCCUCUCCUGCCUCUCCUCUCCCCUCCUUCCCCGUUCCUCUCCCCUCUCCUGCCUUACCCCUCCCAACGCCAGUGCCGCCCUGCUCAAUGGAGAAUCAACCAAUCCCUUCCAACCGCCCUCACCUGGCCCCUUCCACAGCAACGCCCAGGGGGCAGUCCCCCCAAAACCAGAGAAGGUGAAUCAUCUAGCUGUCUCUCUUCUUCUGUCCUCUCAUCUCUUCUCUCUCUCCUUGCUAUCUCUCUCGCCCCACCACUACCUCCCUUUAUCUAAACUCAUAACAGUCUGGUUCCCACAUCACACUGCUUUAAAAUCCCUCAACAUGAUGCCAUAGUCAGGAUAUAGGCAGGGAUUAUUAAAGGAAUAGCUAGGGGGAAAGGUGUUGAGGGGAAGUGGCUUGCACCUGGACAUGGUGCAGAAUCCUCCAAUGACAGACAGACAGACAGACUAUCAGUGUAACAGGGCCGUCUCUGUGUUGCUCUCUUCAUCUUGAUAUGUAUAUUAAAGCUGAGUCCAUGGUGACAGUGAUGGAUGGUAGAGAUGUCUGUGAGAGAGGAGCCUAUCUGGCUUCACAGACACAAGAUGAGACAGUUUGUGACUAUAAGAUUUAAUCUGAAGCUGGGCAGAGACUAAGACAAAUAGACUAGGGAACGACCAUGAUAAACAUUAUUUGGCUAUGAGCUGUGAUGGAUCAACUACAGUAUGAUUUAGUCUCAUAGCAUUAAGCCUCAUAUCUAUCCUAACAAUUUUAUUUCCCACAUGCAUUGGCUUAUUAUGCAUUGGAGUUUGCUGUCUGAUUGAGCUGUGUGUGUCAGGGAGUUUGAGAUUUGUGGUGUGCGCGCGUGUCUUUGCGUGUGUGUGUGUUAUGAGGCUUGCUGUGCCGUCACAGACGCCUCCAUGCUGAUUAUGAGCUGAUAAUUGACUCACCCAUCACCUCUAGCACGCACACAGGCACAUGAUUACACACACACACACACACACACACACACCCUCAGUAAGUUCCACCUCACACAUAUCGAGACUAAACUAUCUGCUCUCUGUAUAUGUGCUGCUCUCUGGUGGCUGGUCAGAGAACUACACUCAGAUCUCAAAUAGAUACUGUACUGGCAAACGGGAGAUGUCAUUAUUACAUCAGGUAGAUAUCAGUGGUUAACUGUCUCUGAGACCAGGAGUGAUACUGUCAGACAAAGAGAACAGAUAGUCUGUAGAUGAUUGAAAAGAAGAGACUUAUCAUUUUAUCAUCCCUUUCUCUUCUCCAUCUCGUUCUCUCUGUCCGCAGAAAGAGAAGAAAGGAGGUCUGCUAAAGCUUCUCUCGGGAGCCGCGGCCAAGAAGAAGUCAUCUCGCUCUCCCCCGUCCUCCCCCCCAACCCUCCCCCUGUCGGGUGCCGUCCUCCCACAUCACACCCGCUCUGGCUCCUGUCCAAUGGAGGCUCAGGGGCGUGCCGGGUCUUGUCCAAUUGAGAGUGAGAUGGCGGGGGCCAUGGGGUUAGAGCCUCUGCACAGGAAGUCAGGAUCCCUCGACCUCAACUUCCCCCGGUCGCCUCCGACGCCCCGCACCGGAAACGCACUGCUGGCCCUCCGGCCUGAACCCAAACCCCUGUCCAGAGAGAGGUACACUACCGUUCAAAAGUUUGGGGUCACUUAGAAAUGUCCUUGUUUUCGAAAGAAAAGCACAUUUUUUGUCCAUUAAAAUAACAUCAAAUUGAUCAGAAAUACAGUGUAGACAUUGUUAAUGUUGUAAAUGGCUAUUGUAGCUGGAAACUGAAUAUUAUGGAAUAUCUACAUAGGCGUACAGAGGCCCAUUAUCAGCAACCAUCAGUCCUGUGUUCCAAUGGCACGUUGUGUUUGCUAAUCCAAGUUUAUCAUUUUAAAAGGCUAAUUGAUCAUUAGAAAACCCUUUUGCAAUUAUGUUAGCACAGCUGAAAACUGUUCUGCUCAUUAAAAAGCAAUACAACUGGCCUUCUUGAGACUAGUAGAGUCUCUGGAGCAUCAGCAAUUGUGGGUUUGAUUACAGGAUCAAAAUGGCCAGAAACAAAUAACUUUCUUCUGAGGACAAAUACAUUAGAGUGUCUAGUUUGAGAAACAGACACCUCACAGGUCCUCAACUGGCAGCUUCAUUAAAUAGUAACCCGCAAAACACCAGUCUCAACAUCAACAGUGAAGAAGCGACUCCGGGAUGCUGACCUAGGCAGAGUUGCAAAGAAAAUGUCCAGUGUCUGUGUUCUUUUGCCCAUCUUAAUCUUUUAUUUUUAUUGGCCAGUCUGAGAUAUGGCUUUUUCUUUGCAACUCUGCCUAGGUCAGCAUCCCGGAGUCGCCUCUUCACUGUUGACUUUGAGACUGGUGUUUUGCGGGUUACUAUUUAAUGAAGCUGCCAGUUGAGGACCUGUGAGGCAGCUGUUUCUCAAACUAGACACACUAAUGUAUUUGUCCUCAGUUGUGCACCGGGGCCUCCCACUCUUCUUUCUAUUCUGGUUAUAGUCAGUUUGCGCUGUUCUGUGAAGAGAGUAGUACACAGCGUUGUACGAGAUCUUCAGUUUCUUGGCAAUUUCUUGCAUGGAAUAGCCUUCAUUUCAAAGAACAAGAAUAUACUGAAAAGUUUCAGAAGAAAGUUAUUUGUUUCUGGACAUUUUGAUCCUGUAAUCGAACCCACAAUUGCUGGUGCUCCAGAUACUCAACUAGUCUCAAAAAGGCCAGUUUUAUUGCUUCUUUAAUGAGCACAACAGUUUUAAGCUGUGCUAACAUAAUUGCAAAAGGGUUUUCUAAUGACCAAUUAGCCUUUUAAAAUGAUAAACUUGGAUUAGCAAACACAACGUGCCAUUGGAACACAGGACUGAUGGUUGCUGAUAAUGGGCCUCUGUACGCCUAUGUAGAUAUUUCAUAAAAAAUCAGCCGUUUCCAGCUACAAUAGCCAUUUACAACAUUAACAAUGUCUACACUGUAUUUCUGAUCAAUUUGAUGUUAUUUUAAUGGACAAAAAAAUUGCUUUUCUUUUGAAAACAAGGACAUUUCUAAGUGACCCCAAACUUUUGAACGGUGGUGUAUACAUAUAUUGUGGCUACACACACUCUCAUACACACACCCUGUCCAGAGAGAGGUAUACGUAUUUUAGUAUUGAGUAGUAUUUAUUAGGAUCCCCAUCCUUGGCAGCAGCUACUCUUCCAGGGGUCCAAAAAUGAUUAAAACAGCAAAACACAACAACAGCCUACAUCAUAAAUUAAACAAGACAUUAUUACAUUAUUACUCUGUUAUUGCAAAUUUACAAUAUAAAAUCCACAAUACCACAGCAUUACAAUGUGUGUGUGUGUGGAGUGCGUUUGUUUGUCAAAAAAUCUAAUGCAAUUUUAUUUGUCACAUGCUUCGUAAACAACAGUUGUAGACUAACAGUGAAAUGCUUACUUACGAGCCCUUCCCAACAAUGCAGAGAGAAAAAUAUAAAAUGAAUAUAAAAUAAUAAUACAAGGAAUAAAUAGACAACGAGUAAUGAUAACUUGGCUAUAUACACGUGGUAACAGUACCGAGUCGAUGUGUAGGGGUACGAGGUAAUUGAGGUAGAUAUGUACAUAUAGGUAAGGAUAAAGUGACUAGGCAACAUGAUAGAUAAUAAACAGUAACAGCAGCCUAUGUGAUGAGUCAAAAGAGAUUAAUGCAAAAAGGGUAAAUGCAGAUAUUCUGGGUAGCUAUUGGUUAACUAUUUAACUAACUACGCUGACGAAAAUAUAAACGCAACAUGCAACAAUUUCAAAGAUUUUACUGAGUGGAAUGUUGUAUUGGCGGGAACUGGAACACGCUGUCGUACACGUCGAUCAAGAACAUCCCAAACAUGCUCAAUGGGUGACAUGUCUGGCAUAUUUUUUUAAAGUAUGCAGGCCAUGGAAGAACUGGGACAUUUUCAGUUUCCAGGAAUUGUGUACAGAUCCUUGCGACAUGGGGCCGUGCAUUAUCAUGCUGAAACAUGAGGUGAUGGCGGCGGAUGAAUGGCACGACAAUAGGACUCAGGAUCUCGUCACGGUAUCUCUGUGCAUUCAAAUUGACAUCGAUAAAAUGCAAUUGUGUUUGUUGUCCGUAGCUUAUGCCUGCCCACACCAUAACCCCACCGCCACUAUGGGGCACACUGUUCACAACGUUGACAUCAGCAAACCGCUUGCCCACACAAUGCUCACUCUGUCUGCCAUCUGCUUGGUACAGUUGAAACCGGGAUUCAUCCGUGAAGAGCACACUUCUCCAGCGUGCCAGUGGCCAUCAAAGGUGAGCAUUUGCCCACUGAAGUCGGUUACUACACCGAACUGCAGUGAAGUCAACACCCUGGUAAGGACGACGAGCAUGCAGAUAAGCUUCCCUGAGACGGUUUCUGACAGUUUGUGCAGAAAUUCUUCAGUUGUGGAAACCCACAGUUUCAUCAGCUGUCCGGGUGGCUGGUCUCAGACGAUCCCGCAGGUGACGAAGCCGGACGUGGAGGUCCUAGGCUGGCGUGGUUACACGUGGUCUGCGGUAAUGAGGCUGGUUGGACGUACUGCCAAAUUCUCUAAAACAGCUCUGGUGGACAUUCCUGCAGUCAGCAUGCCAAUUGCAUCUGUGGCAUUGUGUUGUGUGACAAAACUGCACAUUUUAGAGUGGCCUUUUAUUGUCCCCAGCACAAGGUGCACCUGUGUAAUGAUCUUGCUGUUUAAUCAGCUUCUUGAUAUGCCACACCUGUCCGGUGGAUGUAUUAUCUUGGGAAAGGAGAAAUGCUCACUAACAGGGAUGUAAACAAAUUUGUGCACAAAAUUUGAGAGAAACACGCUUUUUGUGCGUGUGGAAAUGUUCUGGGAUCUUUUAUUUCAGCUCAUGAAACACAAACUUUACAUGCUGUGUUGUGUUUACAUGUUGUGUUUAUAUUUUUUGUUCAGUGUAUUUAGCAGUCUUAUAGCUUGGGGGUAAUAAUAAUAAUUAGGUGGGUGCUUACAUUUAUCCGAUUUCAUACAUGUACUAUACAGUGCAUUCGGAAAGUAUUCAGACCCCUUGACUUUUUCCACAUUUUGUUACGUUACAGCCUUAUUCUAAAAUGGAUUAAAUUGUUUCCCCCCUCAUCAAUCUACACACAAUACCCCAUAAUGACAAAGCAAAAACAGGUUUGUUAUCUAUUUAUUUUUUUAUAACUAAAUAUCACAUUUACAUAAGGAUUCAGACCCUUUACUCAGUACUUUGUUGAAGCACCUUUGGUAGCGAUUACAGGCUUGAGUCUUCUUGGGUAUGACACUUCAAGCUGGGCACACCUGAAUUUGGUGAGUUUCUCCCAUUCUUCUCUGCAGAUCCUCUCAAGCUCUGUCAGGUUGGAUGGGGAGCGUCGUUGCACAGCUAUUUUCAGGUCAGAGAUGUUCAAUCGGGUUCAAGUCCGGGCUCUGGCUGGGCCACUCAAGGCCAUUCAGGGACUUGUCCCGAAGCCACUCCUGCGUUGUCUUGGCUGUGUGCUUAGGGUCGUUGUCCUGUUGGAAGGUGAACCCUCGCCCCAGUCUGAGGUCCUGAGCACUCUGGAGAAGAUUUUCAUCAAAGAUCUCUCUGUACUUUGCUCCGUUCAUCUUUCCCUCAAUCCUGACUAGUCUCCCAGUCCCUGCUGCUGAAAAACAUCCCCACAGCAUGAUGCUGCCACCACCAUGCUUCACCAUAGGGACGGUGCCAGGUUUCCUCCAGACGUGACGCUUGGCAUUCAGGCCAAAGAGUUCAAUCUUGGUUUCAUCAGACCAGAGAAUCUUGUUUCUCAUGAACCUCCCGAGUGGCGCAGUGAACCUCCCGCUGUGCCACUAGAGAUCCUGGUUCGAAUCCAGGCUCUGUCGUAGCCGGCCGCGACCGGGAGACCCAUGGGGCGGCGCACAAUUGGCGGGAGGGAAUGGCCGCAGGGAUGUAGCUCAGUUGGUAGAGCAAGGCGUUUGCAACGCCAGGGUUGUGGGUUCGAUUCCCACGGGGGGCCAGUAUGAAAAAUAAAAAAAUAAUGUAUGCACUCACUAACUGUAAGUCGCUCUGGAUAAGAGUGUCUGCUAAAUGACUAAAAUGUAAAUGUAAUGGUCUGAGAGUCCUUUAGGUGCCUUUUGGCAAACUCCAAGCAGGCUGUCAUGUGCCUUCCGUCUGGCACUGCAAGAUAUGUGGCUUCCGUCUGGCACUCCUCCCCCGAUUGCUCAGUUUGGCCAGGCAGCCAGCUCUAGGAAGAGUCUUGGUGGUUCCAAACUUCUUCCAUUUAAGAAUGAUGGAGGCCACUGUGUUCUUGGGGACCUUCAAUGCUGCAGAAAUGUUUUGGUACCCUUCCCCAGAUCUGUGCCUCGACACAAUCCUGUCUCGGAGCUCUACGGACAAUUCCUUCGAGCUCAUGGCUUAGUUUUUGUAAAAAAACAAUGUAAUGUAAAUGUUUUUGCUCUGUCAUGAGCUGUCAACUGUGGGAUCUUAUCUAGACAGGUGUGUGCCUUUCCAAAUAAUGUCCAAUCAAUUGAAUUUACCACAGGUGGACUCCAAUCAAGUUGUAGAAACAUCUCAAAGAUGAUCAAUGGAAACAGGUGGCACCUGAGCUCAAUUUCGAGUGUCAUAGCAAAGGGUCUGAACACUUAUGUAAACAAGGUAUUACUGUUAGUUAUUUUUAAUACAUUUGCAAAAAUUUAUAAAAACCUGUUUUCACUUUGUCAUAAUGGGGUAUUGUGUGUAGAUUGAUGAGGAAAACAAUUAAUUUAAUCAAUUUUAGAAUAAAGCUGUAACGUAAAAAAAGGAAGGGGUCUGAAUACUUUCCGAGUGCACUUUGGAAGUGAAUUGGAAGUUAGUUUUUUGCAUAUCCCACUCCCCUGAGACACCCUCGGAGAGUGGGGUCACAGCCAGGGAUCAGCCAUUAUUGAUGGCGACCCUGGAGCAAUUUUGGUUAAGUGCCUUGCUCAAGGACACAUUUUUCACCUAGUUGUCUUGGGGAUUUGAACCAACGACCUUUCAGUUACUGGCCGAAUGCUCUUAACCGCUAGGCUACCUGUCACCCUAGAAGCUGUUCAGGGUCCUGUUGGUUCAAGACUUGAUGCAUCAGUACCGCUUGCCAUGCAGUAGCAGAGCGAACAGUCUAUGACGGGAAACUUUGACCAGUCUAUGGCUGGAAACUUUGACCAUUUUUAGGGCCUUCCUCUGACACCGCCUGGUAUAGAGGUCCUGGAUGGUACUCACUACUCUCUGUAGCACCUUGCGGUCUGAUGCCAAACAGUUGCCAUACUAAGCGGUGAUGCAACUGUAUAACUUCUGAGGGCCCAUUAAUCUUUUCAGCCUCCUGAGGGGGAGAGGCGUUGUCGUGCCCUCUUCAUGACUUUGUUGAUGUGUGUGGACCAUGAUAGUUCCUUAGUGAUGUGGACACCGAGGAACUUAAAGCUCUCGACCUGUUGCACAACACCCCGUCGAUAUGUGCUCGGCCCUCCAUUUCCUGUAGUCCACAAUCAGCUCCUUUAUCUUGCUGACGUUGAGAGGUUGUUGUCUUGGCACCACACUGCCAGGUCUCUGACUUCCUCCCUGUAGGCUGUCUCAUCGUCGGCGGGGAUCAGGCCUACCACCGUCGUGUCGUCUGCAAACUUAAUGAUGGUGUUGGAGUCGUGCGCGGCCACACAGUUGUGGGUGAACAAGAAGUACAGGAUGGGACUAAGCAUGCGCCCCUGAGGGGUCCCCGUGUUGAGGGUCAGCGUGGCGGAUGUGUUGUUGCCUACCCUUACCACCUGGGGGCGGCCCGUCAGGAAGUCCAGGAUCUAGUUGCAGAGGGAGGUGUUUAAUCCCAGGGUCCUUAGCUUAGUGAUGAGCUUGGAGGGCACAAUGGUGUUGAACGCUGAGCUGUAGUCAAUGAACAGCAUUCUCACGUAAAUGUUCCUUUUGUCCAGGUGGGAAAGGGCAGUGUGGAGUGCAAUAGAGAUUGCGUCAUCCGUGGAUCUGUUGGGGCAGUAUGUGAAUUGGAGUGGGUCCAGGAUGUCUGGGAUGAUGGUGUUCAUGUGAGCCAUGACCAGCCUUUCAAAGCAUUUCAUGACUACGGAUGUGAGUGCUACGGGGCGAUAGUCAUUUAGACAGGUUACCUUGGCGUUCUUGGGCACAGGGACUAUGGUGGUCAGGGAGAGGUUGAAAAUGUCACUUGCCAGCUGGUCAGCGCAUGCUCUGAGUACGCAUCCUGGUAAUCCUCCUUGUGAAUGUUAACCGGUUUAAAGGUCUUACUCGCAUCGGCUACGGAGAGAGUGAUCACACAGUCGUCCAGAACAGCUGGUGCUCUCAUGCAUAGUUCAGUGUUGCUAGCCUCGAAGCGUACAUAGAAGGUAUUUAGCUCGUCUGGAAGUUCGCGUCACUGGACAGCUCGCGGUUGGGUUUCCCAUUGUAAUCCGUGAUAGUUUGCAAGCCCUGCACAUCCGACGAGCAUCAGAGCUGAGGUACAGUGGCUUGUGAAAGUAUUCACCCCCCUUGGCGUUUUUCCUAUUUUGUUGCCUUACAACCUGGAAUUAAAAUUGAUUUUUUGGGGGGUUUGUAUCAUUUGAUUUACACAACAUGCCUACCACUUUGAAGAUGCAACAUAUUUUCUUGGGUGAAACAAUACUUUGUAGAGACACCUUUUGCAGUAAUUACAGCUGCAGGUCUCUUGGGGUAUGUCUUUAUAAGCUUGCCACAUCUAGCCACUGGGAUUUUUGCCCAUUCUUCAAGGCAAAACUGCUCCAGCUCCUUCAAGUUGUAUGGGUUCCGCUGGUGUACAGCAAUCUUUAAGUCAUACCACAGAUUCUCAAUUUGAUUGAGGUCUUGGCUUUGACUAGGCCAUUCCAAGACAUUUAAAUGUUUCCCCUUUAACCACUCAAGUGUUGCUUUAGCAGUAUGCUUAAGGUCAUUGUCCUGCUGGAAGGUGAACCUCUGUCCCAGUCUCAAAUCUCUGGAAGACUGAAACAGGUUUCCCUCAAGAAUUUCCCUGUAUUUAGCGCCAUCCAUCAUUCCUUCAAUUCUGACCAGUUUCCCAGUCCCUGCCGUUGAAAAACAUCUCCACAGCAUGAUGCUGCCACCACCAUGCUUCACUGUGGGGAUGGUGUUCUCGGGGUAAUGAGAGGUGUUGGGUUUGCGCCAGACAUAGCGUUUUCCUUGAUGGCCAAAAAGCUAAAUUUUAGUCUCAUCUGACCAGAGUACCUUCUUCAAUAUGUUUGGGGAGUCUCCCACAUGCCUUUUGGCGAACACCAAACGUGUUUGCUUAUUUUUUUCUUUAAGCAAUGGCUUUUUUCUGGCCACUCUUCCGUAAAGCCCAGCUCUGUGGAGUGUACGGCUUAAAGUUGUCCUAUCGACAGAUACUCCAAUCUCCGCUGUGGAGCUUUGCAGCUCCUUCAGGGUUAUCUUUGGUCUCUUUGUUGCCUCUCUGAUGAAUGCCCUCCUUGCAUGGUCUAUGAGUUUUAGUGGGCAGCCCUCUCUUGGCAGGUUUGUUGUGGUGCCAUAUUAUUUCCAUUUUUUAAUAAUGGAUUUAAUGGUGCUCCGUGGGAUGUUCAAAGUUUCUGAUAUUGUUUUAUAACCCAACCCUGAUCUGUACUUCUCCACAACUUUGUCCCUGACCUGUUUGGAGAGCUCCUUGGUCUUCAUGGUGCCGCUUGCUUGGUGGUGCCCCUUGCGUAGUGGUGUUGCAGACUCUGGGGCCUUUCAGAACAGGUGUAUAUAUACUGAGAUCAUGUGACAGAUCAUGUGACACUUAGAUUGCACACAGGUGGACUUUAUUUAGCUAAUUAUGUGACUUCUGAAGGUAAUUGGUUGCACCAAAUCUUAUUUAGGGGCUUCAUAGCAAAGUGGGUGAAUACAUGUGCACGCACCACUGUUCCGUUAUUAAUUUUUUUGCAUUUUUUGAAACAAGUUAUUUUUUUAAUUUCACUUCACCAAUUUGGACUAUUUUGUGUAUGUCCAUUACAUGAAAUCCAAAUAAAAAUCAAUUUAAAUGACAGGUUGUAAUGCAACAAAAUAGGAAAAACGCCAAGGGGGAUGAAUACUUUUUCAAGGCACUGUAGUAGGAUUUGAUCUUGGUCCUGUAUUGACACUUGACCUGUUUGUUGGUUCGUCGGAGGGUGUAGCGGGAUUUCUUAUAAGCAUCUGGAUAAGUGUCCCCUCAUUGAAAGCGGCAGCUCUAGCCUUUAGCUCAGUGCGGAUGUUGCCUGUAAUCCAUGGCUUCUGGUUUGGAUAUGUACGCAUGGUCACUGUGGGGACAAUGUCAUCAAUUAAUGUAUUAAUGAAGCCAGUGGCUGAUGUGGUAAACUCCUCAAUGCCAUCGGAUUAAUCCCGUAACAUAUUCCAGUCUGUGCUAGUGAAACAGUCCUAUAGCUUAGCAUCCGUGUCAUCGGACCACUUAUAAUAUUUCAUAUAAUGAUAAUAUAUGCCAUUUAGCAGACACUUUUAUCCAAAGAGACUUACAGUCAUGCAUGCAUAUAUUUUACUCACGGGUGAUCCCGGGAAUCAAACCCACUAUCCUGGUGUUGCAAGCACCAUGCUCUACCAACUGAGCACCACUUCCAUAUUGAGCGUGUCACUGGUACUUCCUUAUUGAGUUUUUGCUUGGAAGGAGGAAUGAGGAGGAUUGAGUUAUGGUCAGAUUUGCCAAAUGGAGGGCGAGGGGGAGCUUUGUGUGUGGAGUAAAGGUGAUCUAGAGUUUUUUCGCCUCUAGUUGCACAGGUGACUAAAUUAGGUUAAACGUAUUUCAGUUUUUCUGCAUUAAUUUCACAGGCCACUAGGAGCGCUGCCUCUGGGUGAGCAUUUUCUUGUUUGCUUAUGGCCCUAUACAGUUUGUUGAGUGUGGUCUUAAUGCCAGCAUCGGUUUGUGGUUGUAAAUAGACAGCUACGAAAAAUAUAGAUGAAAACUCUCUUGGUAAAUAGUGUGGUCUACAGUUUAUCAUGAGGGGUUCUAACUCAGGCGAGCAGAACUUCCUUCAUAUAAGAGAUUGUGCACCAGUUGUUGUUAACUAAGAGACACAAACCCCCUCCUCUUAGCAUCCCCGAUGCAGCCAUUCUGUCCUGCCAAUGUAUAAAAUACCAGCUUGAUUUAUAUUUACCAUGUCCUUCUUCAGCCACGACUGUGUGUGUGUGUGUGUGUGUGUCUCUUCACGGUCCACGGAGUUCAAUGUAGUCAUGGCUCUAUUUAGUACUGUGCGUUUCCCAGAGUCUGUUCUGGACUUAGGGACUGUGAAGAGACCCCUGGUGGCAUGUAUUGUGGGGUAUUAAAUCAAAUCACAUUUUAUUGGUCGCGUACACAUAUCUUGCAGAUGUUAUUGCGGGUGUAGCGAAAUGCUUAUGUUCCUAGCUCCAACAGUGCAGUAAUACCUAACAAUACAAAACAAUACAUGCAAAUCAAAAAAUCCUUAAGAAUUCAGAAAAAUAGAAAGGUUACGUUGUCUGAGCUGUGUGUUAUUUGUUUGAACAGACAGUUUGGUACUUACAACAGGUCAAUACCGCUCACAAAGACAAGUAGUGAUGCAGUCAAUCUUUCCUCUACUUUGAUCCAGGAGAGAUUGACAUGCAUGUUAUUGAUAUUAGCGCUCUGUGUACAUUUAGGGGCCAGGCAUGCUGCUCUGUUCUGGGUCAACUGUAAUUUUCUUAAGUUCUUCUUUGCAGCACUAGACCAUAUAACUGGGCAGUAGUCCAGGUGUGAUAAAACUAGGGCCUGUAGGACUUGUUUGGUUGAUUGUGAUGUCAAGAAAGCAGAGCAGCACUUUAUCACGGACAGACCUCUCCCCAUCUUAGCUACCGUUGCAUCAAUAUGUUUUGACCAUGUCAGUUUACAAUGUAGGGUUACACCAAUAUAUACCGUGUCUACACACCCUCUCAUACACACACCUUGAAACAUACACUAGUCUACACCACUGCAGCACAACAAAUAACUGAGGCUCUGAUCAUCACUCUUCUCCUAUCCGCAUCGGUGUGUGUCAGAGCUAAGAGUGCCCUCCAGCACGCACACAUGCAAGCACACGCAGAUACACACACACAGACACACAGACACACAGACGCACACACACAGACACACACACACAGCUUGGAGCUUUAUACUAGCUGUAGGUUAUCAGUCCUUCAGCGGUCACUGUGAGCUAUAGCUCCUCUAGUUUAUACAGACAUACAUUUUUUAUCUGAGAACAGCCGCUUAACAUACACACACAGACACACACCCAGCUACCUCACACACAAAUGUAAACACACACACUGUUCCAGACACACUGCUCCAAAGUGUCAAGCACUUAUAAAUCUAUGUGAGGCGUUUAUGUACAAGAUUGCUGAAUGAUGUUGACCUGAGUAGCUGCAUAUAUCACCUCUUACUGUGUGUUUGUGUGUGUGUUUAUGCCGUGUGUGUUUAUGGCGUGUGUGUUUAUGGCAUGUGUGUUUAUGGCGUGUGUGUGUGUGUGUGUUUGAAUAUGAUUUACAGUGCAUCAUUAUUCAUAACUCUAACUCCCUCCCUAGGUAUCGUGUGGUGGUGCCCUACCCCCCUCAGAGCGAGGCGGAGAUCGAGCUGAGACAGGGAGACGUGGUGUUUGUUCAUAAGAAGAGAGAAGAUGGCUGGUACAAAGGCACUCUGCAGAGGACUGGACGCACUGGCCUCUUCCCCGGCAGCUUCGUAGAAAUCUUCUGA